GGCAGCUACGCGGGCAGCUAGGCUGAACCGCCUUACGCAGGAGCUCCCCAACCGCUGUCACUGAACAUCAUCUUUCCAUCAGAACACCAACCAUCUUUCCCACUAAUCCAACCUUUCCUAUACCAACCACAAGCAACGCUUCGAUUUCCUUACCAAAUUGCAUAUAACUGCGACAUUCAUCGAUAAUUUACAGUCGAACAGACACCGACAAGAUGCCUCUUGAAGCGGUAAUGAUUGUGGUGGACAACAGCGAGAGCAGUCGCAAUGGAGAUUACAUACCAACCCGCUACGACGCGCAAGCGGACGCUGUUAACAUCAUCUUCCAAAACGUCGUACAAGGCAACCCUGAGUCGUCGGUCGGUCUCAUGAGCAUGGCCGGCAGGGGUCCUGAGGUCCUGGUGACGCUUACAACGGACCAAGGCAAGAUUCUCGAGGGUCUGCACCGGACGAAGAAGAACAUUCGUGGCUCGGCACAGUUGUCAAGGGCUAUCCAGGUGGCGUGGCUUGCUCUCAAGCACCGACAGAACAAGUCCCAACGGGGUCGUAUCGUCAUUUUUGUUUGCUCGCCCAUCGAGGAAGAAGAGAGCGACCUCGUUAAGCUUGCCAAGAAGAUGAAGAAGAACAACACCAGCGUCGAUUUUGUGCUUUUCGGCGACAUCGACGACGAGAACCAGAAGAAGCUCGAGGCUUUCAACCGCGAGGUCAAGAGUGGCGAAGGAUCCAACAUGGUUGUCAUCCCACCGAGCAGCAAGCUUCUUAGCGACCAGCUCAUCUCGACACCUAUCCUCCUCGGCGAGGCUGCUGCUGGCGGUAGCGGAGGCGCUGGUGGCGAUGCUGGCGGAGCGGCCAACGAGGACUUCCCCUUCGGUAUCGAUCCAUCCGUCGACCCCGAGCUGGCCCUUGCGCUGAGAAUGAGUAUGGAGGAAGAGAAGGCACGCCAGGAGAAGCGCGCCAAGGAGGAGGCCGAGGCGGCGAAAAAGGCGAGCUUGGAGGACGUCAAGGAAGAGGCUGGCGAGUCGGAACCAUUGCUAGGCAAGGACGGCGAACCGAGCGGCAGCGGCAGCAAAAAGGAUGGUGACAAGCCCGGCAAAUCAGAUGAUGGCGACAAGAUGGAUACCUCCUAGUUGACUUAUUGUUGGCGGGUCGAGAUUAUGGGUGAUGGCGCUUUGCAAGGGACAACUACCAUAGGCGCUGGCUGUAUUUGUGUACAAUAGACUCGCCAUGGUAUUACAUGGGCAACUACCUACCGCCCAUCUUUUGAGCAUGAAGCUAUUCUAUCAUGACCCUUUGACCGCCCGCCCAACCAUUUCCAAAAGAUAAACGCCACGUAACUCCGUUUGACAGACAUGACAUGAUAACUUGAUACCAUUCCUCACCCC